AUGGUCGUCACCGUCAACAUGGCAGGCUUCUCUACCAACAAUACAUUGUUCUACUAUUCUAAUGACACAAGUUGUCCAAAGGUAGACGACAAGCUAUGUGCAGGUAAUGGACGAUGUAGUCAGGGCACAUGUUACUGUUAUGAUGGAUGGACUCGUGCAAACUGCACCGAGCCCACCAACCCGAAUGAUCAGACACCAGGAAUGAGGAAUGGUACAGCUAGCAAUCCAGCUGGCAUCGAAUUCAUAUCCUCCAUCAGAUAUUUACGCGAACUGAAUCAAACUGGACAAGUUGUGCGCACACUGGACAUGAACAACAUUCGCUGGAUCACUGACAAUGUCACGGGCAUCGUCAAUGGCACCUUCUCCAACGACACAGUCAGCAUGUCCUUGGUCGUGCUCCAAGUCAAUCAAUCAAUUGAUCGUUAUCAAUUCGCUGGACAGGUGAUGGCACUGACUGCCAACUCACUAAAGCUGAUCAUCUCCAUUGCCGACUGGUCGUUCAAAUCAAACUUGAACUCACUCCAAGUGAUCAUCCAGAGCAAGACCAACAGCACAACCAGAUCAGCUUGUGGCACUGAGCAUCAGACAAGUGGCGAGGUGGAUACUAACUCCUACCACAUAGUCUCGGGCAACUCAAUACUUCAAGUCAAGUUUGCCAGUCAUCUUUAUGUCGACGGUCGUGUGGCAGUAUCAGAGUUUACACAGUUAGAUGCAGCCGACCCGAUAGUUCUAACAUCAGCCUCCAACGACACCUUCUCUUUAUGGACUGCCAUUAAUGUGCCACAUUUCAAGGUGUGUGCCAUCGACCCAAGCAUGGCAGCACUACUUGGCAAUGACAAGGAGACAUGUUCAACGCCCUCCAACUGGAAGACCAUCGUCAUUGCAGUCCUGGCCAGCGUUGUAGGUCUGGCUAUACUCAUUGGCGCAGCAGUUCUCAUCAAGAAGAAGUUAACGUGGAAUCGUCAAGAACAAAGGAUAAUGAAGAGACAGAUGAGUUCAUUGAAAGACAGCAGGCUGUAG